AUGGCGGAGGAUGCAAGGGGUGCAUUGGCUGAGGUUGCAGAGGCAUCGGAGCACGCGACAACGGUAUGUAGCAAGGUCACCGAAGCUGCGAAGAGCGUCGAAGUGUUGGCUAAAGCGAUAGAUGAUGCCGGCACUCUGCAGAGACUCCAGGAGGCUGCAAGGCAGUCGGUGCGAAGGGCUGAUACUGCUGCUGCUUUUGCCGCUGCUGCCGCCGCUGCUGCUGCUGCUGCUGCGGAGGCCCGCCGGAAGGAACAAGAAAAAAUAGCGGAGCAAAAAAGAUUAGCGGAGCAAGAAAGAUUGGCCUCAAUGAACAAAGAGACGGUGAAUCCGUCUAGAGUUUCUGGCAACCCGGCCCCCAGCACUGGGGCCGGAAGUGCCUCCCUUUGCACGCACAAGUCAGAGAGGCGCGAAUCGUGA